CGCCGUCGGAGCUGGAGCUGAACGUGUCCCUGUGGCUGUCGGCCGUGAGCCAGUACCGCGUGCGGGACCACCUUCUGCUCCUACUCCGCCAUGGAGCUGUGCACACGCGGUCUCGGCACCCAGACCGACGCACUCAAGGCGCGUGGCGUGGACCUGUCGCGGGUGCGCACGUGCGUGGUGGUGGCGGAGGAGCGUCCGCGCGCCACCCUCACGCUCUCCUUCUCCAAGCUGUUCCGCCACCUGGGCCUGCACGCCCGCGCCGUCACCACCGCCUUCGGCUGCCGCGUCAGCCCCGCCGUGUGCCUGCAGCCUCACAGGCUCGGGAAGACGUCAGAGCAGCAGAGUGCGGCAGGGCCCGACCCCACGACGGUGUACGUGGACACGAGGGCGCUGUGGCACGACCGGGUUCGGAUUGUGGAGAGGGGAGCUCCUCACAGUGUCGCACUGAUGGAGUCAGGCAAGAUCCUGCCGGGCGUGCGGGUCAUCAUCGUGAGCCCCGAGCACCGGGGUCCCCUCGGGGACUCCCACCUCGGGGAGAUCUGGGUGAGCAGCCCGCACAGCGCCAGCGGCUACUUCUCGGUGCACGGCGACGACGCUCGCUGCUCCGAGCACUUUGGAGCACGGCUCAGCUUCGGCGACACGCACACGGCGUGGGCGCGCACCGGCUACCUGGGCUUCCUGCGGCGCACGGAGCUCACCGACGCCAGUGGUGAGCGCCACGACGCGCUGUACGUGGUGGGCGCGCUGGAGGAGGCGAUGGAGCUCAAGGGGCUGCGCUACCACCCCAUCGACAUCGAGUCGUCCAUCCUGCGCGCCCACCGCAACAUCGCCGAGUGUGCGGUGUUCGAGUGGACCGACCUGCUGGUGGUGGUGCUCGAGCUGCAGGGCUCCGAGCAGGAGGCCCUCGACCUCGUCGCCCUCGUCACGGCCACCGCCCUCGAGGAGCAUCACCUCCUGGUUGGCGUCGUGGUGGUGGUGGACGUGGGCGUCAUUCCCAUCAACUCGCGCGGGGAGAAGCAGCGCUUGCACCUGCGUGACGGAUUCUUCGCGGACAAACUCGACCCCAUCUACGUAGCCUACAACAUGUGACGAGGGCACGCGUGACGGCACGUGUUGACACGCGUGUUGAUUAACGUUACGAGACGUCAUGACGCACGCGUGGUGGCACGUGACGACUCGUGGCACGUGACGACAACGCGCGACGGCACGUGGCACACUAUGGGGUCACGCCGUGCAACGUGGACACGCGCGCCGGUAACGUACGCGGAGUGAUGGACAGAUGUGGGUGACGUGCAGGCAGACAUACAGGGUACACACGGACGACACGCGCAGUGCGCUCACCGCUCCACCACCACUCCCACGUACACUGCACAGGACGCACACACAACACACCACCUCGCGUCAACGGCCAAUAGCAGCAGAGCCAGUGGUGGAAAUUCCACGUUACUAUGCCGGGGACCAGUGCAGCAACAGGACAACCCCUGUUGAUUUCCCUCAAAGUGGUGCUACUCCUCCUAUCCACCCAGGGAAGGACGAUGGCUUUUCCGUCGCAACGUCCUGCGUGUGAAGUUGCUCAUUGGGAGCCGCUAUGCGUGAGCGUGUUUAGCCUGGAAAGCCUCACGGAGCCACAAGACUCCUUUGCAGGGGUGCGGGGGGUCCUGCCAUGUGUUCACAGUACGGGGGGGGUGGCGGCGAUGCUGCUGCUGUUGCUGCUCCGUGCGAUGCGAAUGCAGUGAUGUUUGCGGUGAUUAUUUAGCAAGUGGUGAUGAUUUGGUGGAUAUCCGUUGUUUCCGUUGUUUGUGCGUGUGUGGGUUGUCGCCAUGGGAUGAAACGAGAGAACGCAGAGGAAGCCCCGUGGCAGGGAACGGGGGGGGGGGGGGGGGGGGGGGGGGGAGAGAGAAUGUGUAGAAUGUGCACGCUCCACGCAGACUGGCACUCCGAGGUCGGGAGUCCAACCCAGGCUCCUCCGUGGUGCCGCCGACGUGAAGGUCACGUGUUUAGUUGUGGAACGGAGCGAGCCGCCGAUUCGCCGCUGACUUUUUGGAGUCGGAUCGUGUCGGUAAAAAAAAAAAAGAAUUGCGUGUGUAAUAGUACCCUCUUCCACCCGAUACGGCCGAUGUAGCAACAUUGCCACGUCAAACAAACACUGCCAAUUUAUUGUUAGAGACACGAGCCCACGGCCGUGUGACUGUGGUCAUGUGACCCAAACGAUGGACCAUAAAAUCAACCCAUAGAGACCCAAUGAGACACAGAGACCCAUCGAGAUACACUCAAGACAAGCCACAGUUACGGGCCGCACGGUGAACCCGCUGUGGUCUGCGCUCCUUCGUGUGUGCGCGUGUUUAACUCAUUUCGCACCGUACGUAACCAACCUUGCUGAUCGGAGGUGCGGGAGAAUGACAAACUGGCACGGAAAAAGCAGUUCAACAGAAAUAAUUUUGCAAUCUGGAUUUGCAAAGGGAAAAGUGGUAGGCAGAGGAAAGUGAUUAAGGGACCCCUCGACUUUGUGUGUGUGCGUGUUCAACUUCUUUCGUACCGUACGUAACCAACCGUGCCGAUUGGAGGUGCGGGGAGAGAGUGAUCCACACACAAUGUGUGUCGCACCUCUGGCGAGGGUGGUUGGCUACGUACGGUGUGAAGGAAGUUCAGUUCAACAUACGCACAGCAAUUGGGUCGACACGGACGCUUCGCUGGAAGUUACAACCAGCAUCGUCGGGCGAGUUACUGAAGCGAUCUGCCCCAAAGCAGUCAAUUGUGAAUCCAGUUCUAUUUAGCACAAUAGUCUCAGACAUAUGUUAUAUAUAUACGUCACUACCUAAACAAAUUGUAUAAAAAAGAUUUAAGAUAAAUACUGUGUACAUUGCAUAAGUCGUGUGUAUGUACAAUACCUGGAAAGGUAAAGAUUCAAGCCUCUGGGAUCUAGGUGUGUUUGGCCUACUCUUCCACGUUGGACGAACGUCAAGAAAGGUGUGCGUGUAUGUACAUAUUGUUAGCCAGUUGUCUAAGUCGGUCAACCCGUGGCACCCGAGUCUGUUCUGUGACCUCCUGCCAGCGAGCAUUCGACGCUUCAAGUGGCCUCAAAGUGCACCCGGCCUGGCACAAGCGCUGUGGUGACAUCACCGCCACUUAGUGGUCAAUGGCGGCUGUUGUCAUUGUUGGCACAUUUGGCAGCACAGGAGGUGCCUCUGCCAAGUUAAGGUCGGUCAACCAAUGUGGCACCUGCCUGGGUCUGUCCCGGGACCUCCUCCUGCACCUAGCCUGGCACAGGAGUCCACUAAUGGCACUUAUCUGGGUCUGUUCCGUGGAGCUCCUGGCAACAGCAGCAGCGCCUUCCACACCUUCGUGACAGCCUUCGAGGUGCACCUGGCCUGGCACAAAUAGCGUGGUGACGUCACUGCCACCGAGUGUGAAAAUGGCGGCUGCUGUUGUGCACAUAUACAUACAGACCGAGACUCCUCUACUUACGAACAUUCGACUUACAAACUCGGAUACGAACAAACCUGGUCCGCAUGUCAAGUUGCCCGUUUGGACCGCGAGUCGUACAUCUGCAGAACAUAAAGAACCAGUGGCAUCUACAUCUGCAGAACACGAAGAACCAGGUGGCAUCUACAUCUGCAGAACAUAAAGAACCAGGUGGCAUCUACAUCGAAAGAACGCGAAGAACCAGUGGCAUCUAAAUCUCUAGAAUGUGAAUAACCAGUGACAUGUACAUCUGCAGAACGUGAAAAACCAGUGGCAUCUACAUCUGCAGAACGUGAAGAACCAGUGGCAUCUACAUCUGCAGAACGUGAAGAACCAGUGGCAUCUACAUCAAAAGAACGCGAAGAACCAGUGGCAUCUACAUCAAAAAAACGCGAAGAACCAGUGGCAUCUAAAUCUAUAGAAUGUGAAGAACCAGUGACAUGUACAUCUGCAGAACGUGAAGAACCAGUGGCAUCUACAUCGAAAGAACGCGAAGAACCAGUGGCAUCUACAUCUGCAGAACACGAAGAACCAGGUGGCAUCUACAUCUGCAGAACAUAAAGAACCAGUGGCAUCUACAUCUGCAGAACAUAAAGAACCAGUGGCAUCUACAUCUGCAGAACGUGAAGAACCAGUGGCAUCUACAUCUGCAGAACGCGAAGAACCAGUGGCAUCUACAUCUAUAGAACGUGAAGAACCAGUGACAUGUACAUCUGCAGAACGUGAAGAACCAGUGGCAUCUACAUCGAAAGAACGCGAAGAACCAGUGGCAUCUAAAUCUAUAGAAUGUGAAGAACCAGUGACAUGUACAUCUGCAGAACGUGAAGAACCAGUGGCAUCUACAUCGAAAGAACGCGAAGAACCAGUGGCAUCUACAUCUAUAGAAUGUGAAGAACCAGUGACAUGUACAUCUGCAGAACGUGAAGAACCAGUCGCAUCUACAUCUGCAGAACACGAAGAACCAGGUGGCAUCUACAUCUGCAGAACAUAAAAAACCAGUGGCAUCUACAUCUGCAGAACAUAAAGAACCAGUGGUAUCUACAUAUGCAGAACGUGAAGAACCAGUGGCAUCUACAUCUGCAGAACGUGAAGAACCAGUGGCAUCUACAUCUGCAGAACGCGAAGAACCAGUGGCAUCUAAAUAUAUAGAAUGUGAAGAACCAGUGACAUGUACAUCUGCAUAACGUGAAGAACCAGUCGCAUCUACAUCUGCAGAACACGAAGAACCAGUGGCAUCUACAUCUGCAGAACACGAAGAACCAGGUGGCAUCUACAUCUGCAGAACAUAAAGAACCAGUGGCAUCUACAUCUGCAGAACGUGAACACCCAGUGACAUCUACAUCUGCAGAACGUGAAAACCCAGUGACAUCUACAUCUGCAGAACGUGAAAACCCAGUGACAUCUACAUCUGCAGAACGUGAAAACCCAGUGGCAUCUAAAUUUAUAGAACGUGAAGAACCUGUGACAUGUAUAUCUGCAGAACGUGAAAACCCAGUGGCAUCUACAUCUGCAGAACACGAAGAACCAAGUGGCAUCUACAUCUGCAGAACAUAAAGAACCAGUGGCAUCUACAUCUGCAGAACACGAAGAACCAGUGGAAUCUCCAUCUACAGAAAACAAAGAACCAGUGGCAUUUCCAUCUACAGAAAACGAAGAACCAGUGGCAUCUACAUCUGCAGAACGUGAAGAUCCAGUGGCAUCUCCAUCUGCAGAACACGAAGAACCAGUGGCAUCUACAUCUGCAGAACACAAAGAACCAGUGGCAUUACAUCUAGAGGAGAUUAUACAACUUUUAAAGCCAUUUCUCCAUGUUUAGUGGACACACGCCAUAUGACGUGUUUGGAAUCGACAGGAAUAAAGUUGCACUUACAGGAGUCCCUGUAUAUAUACUUAUAUAUGAUAUAUAGUAUAUAUAUGUACAUACAUAGUACGGAUAUAAACGCAAUACGCUGUGUGUAUGGGGUCGGUCAAGACACGUGAUUUGAGUCGGGGGUUAUUUUUUUGGCGAGUUGACAAAAGUCAACAGUUACUUUUUUACGUUUACUCUCCUUUAAUGUGUAGAGUCGCUCUUUGAAUCGAUAAGCAUUUUCCCCAAGUCGUACACAAAUUAUUCACUAUAUAGAAAGAUAGACUGAUGGUUAAUUUAGUGGACGAGACGAGGGUUCUGUAUAGGACGAUUUGCUGGCUUCAGACAAGCGGCGGCAUGGUUAGAAACAAUUCUAGAUUUGAAGCUUUCGUGACUGCAAGGAUUCAUAUUCUUAGGUUUUUUCGAUAAAGUCACAUAGGUAAAAAACGUUAAAAAGUGAAAUAAAAUAAAAAUCACGACGUUUCGGAGGCAACACAAGCUUCCGUCUUCAGGUGGUACCGUCACAGCCACGACAGCUGUAUCAAGCAGUAGCUCCUGCAAUCUCUCAUUUACUUGAUUGAUUUUUAUUUUAUUUUACUUUUUAAUGUUUUUACCUACGUUUUUACCUACGUGACUUCACAGUCCAGUCAGCCAAUUGCUUUCCAUCGAUGUUCAUCAUGUAGUCGAGUGAAAGUUGUUUUUUUGCUAGUUUUAAACACGUCAUAGUAGUAGGCUUUCGCGACCAAUCUUAUCCAUGAGGUUUUUUUUUAGGAUGAAAUCGCGUCCAAUUGUAAAUGUCGUGAUUGGUUUACCCUCAAACACAGUUGUGCUGAACUGGUAAUUAAUUGGCGUGUUCUGUUUAAGUGACAAACCUUCCUAAUUGGCUGCGUCACGUGGUGGCGGGUUUAACGACACAUUUCUAUUUACGCGAUCUAGCCCAAAAAAAAAACCCUCUUAUGUAUUUUGUUAUUGAAUUUGAAGGUCACAAGCGGUGAUCGGGUGGCUGCAGGGGGUUCCGCAAUGUCCAUGUCGGGAACACGACACGAAGCCACUUCCACCGAGUCCCCGGGUUCCGGGGUCCUGGCUUCUCAGCUGUCCUUCAAUUCUAAAAACCGGGUUCUCAAGCGAAGCGAGUCGGUGGUCUCAGCCCAGUCACCAAUGACUGUGCAGUCAACAAUGACUGGGCAGAGACCCGUAGACUCUGGACUCAGUUCUUGACAACCGCGGCAAAGUCCCCCCGUGUGCUGCGGGAACAGCACGGCGUUGUCAAGCGAGGCGGCGCGAACCCCUCCAUGCCGUUCAGUGGCCGAUCCAGCCCCCCGCCCCCCCCCCCCCGCACUCCAGCCCCCGCACCCCCAUGGGUGGGACCGGGCCCGUUCCUCUAAGUUUGUAACUCUUCUUGCGUAUGGCUAAGUCAGUCUGUGUCCCAACUGCUAAGUUUGUGUAUUUGUAUAUAACAGGCGUGUAUAUAUAUGUCAUAUGGGUUCACCCGUGCAGUAGGAUGACACUCAAUAUGCGUAUCGGUUUGAUCGCUCGCUCCUCUGUGUGACUUGUGGAACGUAGCAUUGACUGCCUGAGUCGCCUUCUACUCUGCUCAGUCACAGGGGCUCAAAGUCCCCACCCUCUCCAGCCACUUCAUUCUCUCCUCUGCCUCUACGUGCUUUGAGUGGCACACUAAUACUCACCUACUCACCAUGCACUCGCUCACUCAUCCACUUACCUAUUCGCUCACCGACUUACCCACUCACCGAGCUAUUCAGCCAUUCACUCGCAAACCUACUAAUCUAUUCACUCACCUACUCACCCACUAACUCACUUACCUUCUCAUUCACCCACAUAUUUACGCACAUACUCUUUGGUUCUUUCGCUAAAGUCACGUAGGUAGAAAAAUAAUAGAUCACGACGUUUCGGUCGCAACACAAGCAAUCGUCAUCAGGUGGGACAACCACAGCAAGAACAAACUGCUGAAGUAGGCGACCUCUGCCAUGGCACGAGGUUAUAUAAUAGGCCUCGGCAGUAGGGGGAGGAAAGACAAAGGGGGGGGGAGGCGGGGCAGAAAGUGGACCCCGCAGCAGCAAUCGCGAUCGAAACGUCGUGCUCUAUUAUUUUUCUACCCACGUGACUUUACCGAAAGAACCAAAGCGCAUGGAUUCCUGCAGUCACGAAAGCUUCAAAUCAAUAUUUACUCACCUUCUCACCCACCCACCCACCCACUCUCCCACCUAGUCACUUGGGAUCUCAUCCGCCGCCUCCCUCCCCUACCGUCUCUCGACUCCAAUGAAAUGUCCCCAUCUCUGUCGGGCAACCCGGCAGACGUUGAGUUGAUCGGUCGCGCUCCGAAAACCCGCGGUGGUUUCCGCUCAACGGGCGCAGGGCUACAGCCACGAGAGGGCGCGUGGCCUGUACAGUCACAAACUUGAAUGUCGAGUGUGUUGCGUGCGCAAUGCAUUGACAGAAUAGCGUAACGAACGCGAGGCAGAACAGGGGGGUGCCUUGCCCCCCCCCCAUGCCCCCC